CGCUCUCAUGUUAAUGGCGGGUGGCGUCUGCUGAGGGGGACGCAAAUAACCGCUACCGGCACAGGGAAAGUCUCCCUGCUUGCCCCACUUCCUCUCUCCGCAAGUACUCGAGCUCGCCAGCAUGUCCGUGGUGCCGCCCAAUCGCUCACAAACCGGCUGGCCCCGGGGGGUCAACCAGUUCGGCGACAAGUACAUCCAGCAGACCAAGCCCCUCACCCUGGAGCGCACCAUCGACCUGUACCCUCUUACCAAUUAUACUUUUGGUACAAAAGAGCCCCUCUAUGAGAAGGACAGCUCUGUUGCAGCCAGAUUUCAGCGCAUGAGGGAGGAGUUUGAUAAAAUUGGAAUGAGAAGGACUGUAGAAGGGGUUCUGAUUGUACAUGAGCACCGGCUACCACAUGUGUUACUGCUACAGCUGGGAACAACUUUCUUCAAAUUACCAGGUGGUGAACUUAACCCAGGAGAGGAUGAAGUUGAAGGACUAAAACGCUUAAUGACAGAGAUACUGGGUCGUCAGGAUGGAGUCCUGCAAGACUGGGUCAUUGAUGACUGCAUUGGUAACUGGUGGAGACCAAAUUUUGAACCUCCUCAGUACCCAUAUAUUCCUGCACAUAUUACAAAACCUAAGGAACAUAAGAAGUUGUUUUUGGUUCAACUUCAAGAGAAAGCCUUGUUUGCAGUCCCAAAAAAUUACAAGCUUGUAGCUGCACCGUUGUUUGAGUUAUAUGAUAAUGCACCAGGAUAUGGACCCAUCAUUUCUAGUCUCCCUCAGCUUCUGAGCAGGUUCAAUUUUAUAUACAACUGAAUUCCUGCACAGUGGAGAAGUAAAAGAAGCCGUCUCUGUGAGCACAGCUAUACACAGUGUAGAAUAAACAUGGUAGAAAAGUU